CUAGCAUUUCUUCUCCUCUAUGUAGUCACCAUAUUAGGCAACCUCCUGAUCAUCUCCCUGGUGGCACUAAGUCAAAGACUUAGCUCUCCUAUGUACUUUUUCCUGAGCCACCUGUCAUCCUGUGAUCUUCUUCUGACCUCUGUAAUAGUUCCUUUGAUGAUGAACAUCAUUUUAAGGACCAAAGAGUCCAUUUCAUUCUUUGGAUGCAUUACCCAGUUUUAUCUUUUUGGAGCUCUAGCAACAACAGAAUGUCUUCUUCUUGCGGUUAUGUCUUACGACCGUUACGUGGCCAUAUGCAACCCAUUGCGAUACUCUUUGAUCAUGGGCCUGCCAAGAUGCAUCCAGCUGUCCUUUUGGUCCUGGUUUUUAGCCUUCUCUGUCAUGUUGACCACGGCUGUUCAGAUGGGCAGACUAGAUUUCUGCGGUCCCAACGUUAUUGACCAUUACUUUUGUGACCUGGCUCCUCUAAUGCAGCUAUCGUGUUCGGACACAACUUUUCUGGAGGUUCAUAACUACAUGACUGGUCUACCUGCAACCUUUAUCCCUUUAAUGUACAUUACUGCUACUUAUAUUUCUAUCUUCAUUACAAUACUCAGAAUACCUACCAAAAUUGGCAGGCAGAAAGCCUUCUACACUUGUAGCUCCCAUUUGACCGUUGUGUCCAUCUAUUACGGGACUCUGGUUAUUGUCUAUCUGUUUCUCUCCAAAGAGCAUCCAUUAUACAUCAACAAACUUCUUUCAUUGCUCUACACCGUGGUCACACCAUUAGUAAACCCCAUUAUUUAUAGCCUCAGGAACAAAGAGAUCAAAAUAGCUUUUUCCAAAUUAGUUUACAAAUGUUAUUAA